GUUUCCCUCUCUUUUCUUCGCACGUCCUCCGGCUGUGUGCGUUCUGGGGUUCUGCGCAUAAACACGGGUAAAUAUUUUCAAACCACUGUGCCUGUGUUGGUGCCAUAGAAGCAUAAACAGCUCCCUUUUGACAGUCUCAUUGCAAAAAUCGCCGAUGACAGGAAGAAGAAAAGAGUAAAAAUUUUCAUUCUGGACACUGGACGGUCAGAAAAAGAAAUAGGAGAACAAGAUGGACCUUUCUAUGUCCUCCAGGGAGGACCCAUUCGCUCCGGAUAGUAUAUUUUCCCAGCGAGAUCUUCCGGUCGUGCCAAAUGACAACCCAGAGUCGUACUGCCGCUUGUGUUUGACGACGCCUGAUGUAGUGCCACUUUUUCCGACGGGCAGCGACCCGAAUGAGUUCAUUCUGGAACUGGUUGGGAAGUAUAUCGGCAUCGGGUUGACGAUCCAGGACGACUCCCCGUGCUCCGUGUGUAAUUCCUGCCAGAUGAUUCUGGACCAGUUUGAUUUGUUUCGUCAGAAUUGUCUCAAGGUAGACAUCGCCAUAAGAAGAAGAAGGCUUGGGUUGGAUCGGGUGGUGAAAAGCGAGCCACAAGAUGACGACGAUAUGGAGGUGGAGCUUCCGUACAUUAGAUUGGAGAAUAGAGUAUACCAGUGCCGGAUCUGUUCGGAAAUAUUCCGCUCGAUGGCACUUUUCAUGGCCCAUUGCAAGGAGGAACACCCGGACGAGGCAAAGAUGUACAAAUGUAAACACUGCAGCAAGUCGUUCAUGUCGAAGACGGCUCGACUGCAGCACAUUCGAUCUCAUAGACCGAGCAAUUCCGAUAGCGACUUUGGCGGUCUUCGGGUUCAGGUCUGCGAAAGAUGUAUGGUCACAUUCGAUUCGUACAAACUACUCAAGAUUCACAUCAAAGAGCAGCACUCCAAUGAGCCGAAACAGGAUUCGCUGGUUUGCAAUACCUGUUCCAGACAGUUUAGUCGGAUUACGAUCCUCCGGAAUCAUAUACUUCGUGUCCAUAUGGGCAAGUUGCCUCACGUCUGCAAACAGUGCGGAAUCAGUUAUGGUUACGCCCAGCAGCUGGUUUCCCAUUUGAAGAGCGAACACGGCAUCAGUCCGGACCAAUAUGGUUUAUUCCCCGAAGAUGAUGCGGAGCCAGAAGAAGCAACGGGUCUUGUUCCGCCUGCUCCUCAGCUUGCACCAGAACCUGUUUCCGCUCCCGAUCCGGCUGCACCUCAAGAAGAACUUCAACUGCCACCUGUGGAAGAACCUGCCACCGACAAUUCCAGAGGCAACCCAUUGAACAAAUACACCUGCAUGGAUUGCCGCCUGCAAUGCUACAGUCAGGACGAGCUCAGACUUCAUCGAAAAAUCCAUCAGGAUCCGACCUGGUGGAAGUGCACCCACUGUCGUAAUUUCGUCAAGCAUCGCGAGAUGCACCUGUUGAAGAAACAUCCCAGCAUCAGCGAGAGCGAACUGGAGUCAUCGUUCAUGCUACGCUACCGCUGCUGGAUGUGUCGAAUGUACUUCAAAUCGUUGCACCAGAUGGAAGUGCACGCCAACAUCAAACAUCAGGUCCCACUGCCGGAUGACCACCAACAAGCACCACCAGUCGACGAACUGGAGGAGGGCGAAAUCCGGUCGAACGUACCUAUGGGCGCACCAGUGCCACCGAUGAUGCCAUCAUUACCGGCGAUGGCUCUUCCGGGGCUGCCGCAACCGCUGACCGUGCAACCCCCGUUGCCGAUUGUCCCGGAGCACUUUCCGCUGCUGCUGUCCCAGCUGGAGAACGGAGCUCUGGACUAUCUGCGGGAGUUCAGUCGGCUGAUGGACCCGAACAACCAGCUGGGCUUAGCAGGCCAGCUGAACAUCAAAUCGGAACCGGUGGACACGUCCCAAUCGGCAAUGGACCUAUCGGGAAGCAGUGCCCUGAAUGUGAACGUUGGUUCGUCGGCAACAGAUCUCCAUUCCACGAGGGACGAUACCACCGCUACGGAGCAUGAAGACGACAACGACGGUGAUGACGAAUCGGAAGAUGACACCUUCUUCCGACUGGACAACCGGACCUAUCAGUGCAAAUUCUGUCCGGAAAUAUUCCGCCACCUGCAGCAGAUUCGGAAGCACACCAAAGUGCAGCACCCGUCCGAGUGGAAGAGCUUCAAGUGCGUGCACUGCAAGCGUCGGUUUCCCUCGGGCCCGAUGCGCGAUCGCCAUGUCCAUUUCCAUAGCUUGAACCACCCGUUCAAGUGCACCGAGUGCGACCAGAUGUAUCGUUCGAAGAAGAGGCUGGAGAAGCAUUUUGAAGUCUUUCACGACAGGACUUCGCACAAUUUUUCAAUGGAACGAUUCCAUUGCGGAUCGUGCGAUUUGACGUUCGUCGAGAAGAAGUACUAUGAUCUGCAUGCGAGGAUCUAUCACGAGAGGAAGCCACAGCGGUUGAAGAAUCUCUCCGACAAAAUACAGGUGUGCGAGAGGUGUGUCAAGACAUUCGAUUCGCGGGAAUUGUUGAUGGAACAUAUCCGGGAAACACAUCAGGGUGAUCCCCCGUUGAAGAGCUGCAUAUGUCAGACGUGCUCGAAGGAUCUGAAGACGGUGACUCUGCUGAGGAUUCACAUCCUAGUGGUCCACAUGGGAAUUAUGCCGUUCGUUUGUCAACAUUGUAACGCCGAAUUCUCCACGCGCCAUUGGCUUUUGAAGCACUUGGAGAAGGAACAUUCCGAAAUUGCCUUGUACAAGUGUCCGUCUUGCGAUGAAUCUUUCACCACCGAAUCGAGGAUGACAGAACACAAGGAUAAGGUUCACGCGCAGCUCGAAAUUGAGUUUGAUCCUCAGUCAGGAAAGUCCGUAUAUCCGUGCGGCAAGUGCGAGAAGAAGCUCGAAUCAAAAGAUGUUUUGGAUAAACAUCUGCUGAAGGCCCAUCCGUCGUUCAUGUUGAUGUACAAGUGUCCUCUGUGCCCGCAGUCAGUUCGCUACCGGAAGCAGCACAUGCGUGUCCACCACGACGUCGAGUACGAUGCCAAAGAGCACCAUUAUCAGGUUCGCUACAAGUGUCACUGCUGUUCGAAGCUGUUCCAACAGAAGCGCAAUCUUCUGUCGCAUCAGAACUCGCUCUCCAAUCAGUGCAGUCGCUGUCAGAUGAGAUUCAAGACGAAGAAGAACCUGCAGGCGCACAUGGCGGCUCACCGGACCAACAAAUCGCUCAAAUGCGAAGACUGCGGACUGGACUUUGGUUACCGGGGUCGAUUGGAAGAACAUCGGAAACGGUACCACAGUGCCACUUCGACACAGGUUCUGAAGAUCAUCAACUGUCCGUACUGUCCGAAGUUGUUCAUCAGCCCGAGCAACCGGGAACGCCACAUUGCAGCCAAUCAUGUACAAAGCGAAUUCAAAGUCAAUUGCGGUCACUGUCCGGUGCAGGUGACGGACACAACGCAGCUGAGGAAGCACUACAAGACCGUACAUCCAGAGGAGCGUGUUACGUUCAAGUGUCCAGGGUGCGAGAAGUUUUACCUGAAUUUGUCUAGCUUUAAGGACCACUACAAAAAACAUAAGAAGGGAGAUGGAGAAGACGAUAAGGAAGAAAUGAAUAGCACAACUGAAGCGGUCGAGGAUGGAGAGAAGGAGGCGAAUGACCAGAAUGUAGGUGGAGCGUUGGAAUCGAUACUGAUCAAAGAGGAGACGAAUGUCCUGAGUGGAAACGCAACAAAUCCUAGGGAAAGUGCAGCUAAGGGAAUCGAAGAUAAUGCAAUGAAUGUUGGCGAACCUUCGGAACAGGAGAUAAAGGUUGAGAUCAAACAAGAGCCGCUGGAAAACGGGGAAGCAGCAACAUCAAAAGACCUGGCUGAAGGGGAGAAAUUGAUAGUUGCCGAAGAAACAAACGAAACAAAAUCGGCGGUGUUGGAUGAGCAGAAGAUUGAUUUCGUUGAGGCCAAGGAAGAAUGUCAAGAAUCGAUAGUAGAAGCUGUGACAGCUGAACAACCAGGACCAUCAGUGGAACAUCAGGCGGCUACCGAAGAAACGACUGCAAAGGAAAAGCCUGUUUGGCUGACAGCUGAAGAACUGAAGCAAGAGGAAAAGAUGGUGGUUGAAGAAACAGCAGAGACGAAACCAGAAGAACCAGUCGCUUUUGAGGGUCCAGAUGAGAGGAUGGUAGUUGACGAACCGACGGCAGAAGAGCAUGUGAAAGUCGAGGAAACGGUACACCUGUCAACCAAUGAGUCUACAGCAACGGUGCAACCGAAACAAGACAUUCCCCAAGAAAAUGUGUCGGUAGUGGAAGAAAAAUCUACUCUCGAAAAACCGACGUCAGACGAGAAGAUGGAGGUCGAUGAAAUGGCUGAAGAGACACCCUGUAAGUCAACAUCAGAAGUGCAGCAACAGGAAAGCACUUCGGACCACGACGUAUCAGUAGUUAAAAAAGAGCAUCCAGAAGAAAAUCCAACGACCGAAGAAGAAAUUGACAGUAAGCCUGCGGAAGAGGUGACUGCCUCCGAGAGCGAAUCGCCAGAGGAACAAAAGUCAGCAGUCGAAGAACCGAAUCCAACUGAAACGGCAAUUGCCGAAGUCGCAAUACAAGAUCUGAAGGUAACGGUCGAAGGAGAAAUCACCUGUAAGCCUGCGGAAGAGGUGAAAUCCGAACAAGAGACUAGCUCCGAGAGCUCAGCAGUCGAAGAACCGAAGCCAAAUGAAACGACAAUGGCAGCAGGAGAAACGAAUUCGGAACCAGCGGCAGUCCAAGAGGAGCAGGUAACGGCCAAUGCAGAAAUUAACAGUAAGCCUGCAGAAGAGGUGAAACCAGAACAAGAAUCUAGCUCCGAGAGUGUAUCGCCAGAAGAACAAACGUCAGCAGUCAAAGAACCGAAGCCAAACGACACUACCAUGGACGAAGUAGCAACAGAAGAACUGAAGGUUACGGUUGAUGGAGAAAUUACCAGUAAGCCUGCUGAAGAGGUGAACUCAGAUCAAGAGACUAGCUCCGCGAGCUCAGCAGUCGAAGAACCGAAGCCAAAUGAAACGACCAUGGUCGAAGAAACAACAGAAGAACUGAAGUCGGAACCAGAAACAGGUCAAGUAUUGUUGAAGCCAGAAGAGAAGACAACAGUCGAAGAAACGACGACGCCAGACGAAUCAGUCAAUAAGUCAGAAACGGCUGAGGUCAAGCCGGAACAAGACAUAGCUCUAGAGAAUGUAGUAUUAAGUGAAAAUCCUAGUUUAAGUGACGCACCGCUGGUAGAAUCUUGUAGCAGUAAGAAAGAAAAUAGCGAACGUGUUGAUCCAUCGAUUACGGAAAAGAUGGAUCAGGAAGGUGUGGAGAAUGAAGAGCGGAUGGUUCAGCAGGAUGAUGAAACAAACAAAGAGAAGGAAGGUGAAACAGCAGAAGAGCCGCCUGUCGAAAAACGUCUAGAGGAAUGUCUUCCAGAAUGUUCGAAUGUUGACGAAAACCCAGAAGAAGCCUCUCUACUCUCUGAGCACUCGGAAUCAAAACAAGAGAAUGCCGUCGAUGAGAUACUUCCGAAGGAUGUUGCAAACGAAUCCGAAAAAAGUCAUCCCGCUGAAGAAGAGCAGGAACAGAAACUAGAAUCUCCAGCUGCAGUUGACGAACCCCAGGAACCUUCCCCGGAAGAUCCUGCCUCUUCGGUGCAGAACAGCAGAGAUGAUCCUCCCCUGGAAGAUCUCCGCUCAGUCAACAACUCCCCUGCUUCCACCUUGGUUGAAUCGCCGUACACGAUCGUGGAAUCGUCUAACGAGGCAUCAGAAGUGUCGGAAUCAUCCGCCGUUUCGGAGCGGAGCACGAAAACGAAAAUUGCCGGCGAGAGGCGACGUAUUUCGACGCGGAAUAUCCUCAAAAGAAAAAAGAAACUUGUAGUAUUACUUGAACCUGUCGAUAUCGACAAGCUGAUGGAGCUGAGUCGAGGCAGCUCGUCCUCUUCAUCGCCAUCGUUGGAAAAGGUUGCCAUGAAGGGUUCCGGUGGUUCCAGUAGCGAAUCGCAACCCGUGGAGGACGGUGUCCGGGCCAAGCGAUUGCGGCGUGAACGACAGACCCCGACCUCGGACACCGUCGCAGGAGAUUCGUAAGUAUUCAAAGAAUAUAUAUAGGUAUAUUGUGUUAGUAGUCUAUGUCGAAUUUCGUCUCAGAAUUUACUAUAAAUGUACUCUCCCCAUCAAACAAGCCCCCAUCUCCCACCCCCCUUACCCGUCGUA